GUUCUUCGGCGCUCGCUGUUGCUGGGCCCUCCGGGGCCUUCCGCCACGCUCGAAAGCUUAGUUCUCCCGGGUUUAAUUUCCCCUUUUUUUCUCAGACACUUCCGGGUCCUGCGUCGCUCCGGAAGCCCGCGAGUUCCGGAAAAAGCCUGGGUAAUCCAGGUUCUGGGAGAAACCAAGCUUCCCAGAGAAUGUCUCAGAGAAAGUUACGUGGAGCGGGGGCGUUUUCGCAGACUCCUAAGACCUCUCCCUCCUUAACUGCCUGUCAGUAAGAGACCUUCAAAGAAGACAUGGCCUCCAAGGAAGAGAACACGAAAAGGACAAACAGAGUGCUAAGAAUAAGUCAGCUGGAUGCACUUGAACUGAACAAGGCCCUGGAGCAGCUAGUUUGGUCCCAGUUUUCUCAGUGCUUUCAUGGAUUUAAGCCAGGGCUAUUAGCCCACUUUGAACCAGAGGUGAAAGCGUUCUUGUGGCUUUUCUUGUGGCGAUUCACUGUCUACUCUAAAAAUGCCACCGUGGGACAAUCCGUUUUGAAUAUUCAGUACAAAAAUGAUUUUUCCCCAAAGCUGAGGUACCAGCCGCCGAGUAAGAAUCAGAAACUGUGGUAUGCUGUGUGUACGAUUGGCGGCACGUGGCUGGAAGAGCGCUGCUACGACCUGUUUCGAAACCGUCAUUUGGCAUCAUUUGGGAAAGCCAGGCAGUGUGUGAAUAUCAUAGUUGGACUUUUGAAAUUAAGUGGGCUGAUUAAUUUCCUGAUUUUCCUUCAGAGGGGCAAGUUUGCAACUUUGACAGAACGUCUCCUGGGCAUUCGUUCUGUAUUUUGCAAGCCCCCAAACAUACGUGAAGUUGGCUUUGAGUAUAUGAAUAGGGAACUUCUCUGGCAUGGUUUUGCUGAGUUCCUGAUAUUUCUCUUACCACUUAUUAAUAUCCAGAAGUUGAAAGCUAAGUUGUCUUCAUGGUGUAUUCCUCUUACUGGUGCUCCUAAUAGUGACAAUACAUUAGCCACCAGCGGCAAACAGUGUUCUCUGUGUGGAGAGUGGCCCACCAUGCCUCACACCAUAGGAUGUGAGCAUAUCUUCUGUUACUACUGCGUGAAGAGUAGUUUCUUAUUUGACAUGUACUUUACUUGUCCUAAGUGUGGCGCAGAGGUACACAGUGUGCAGCCACUGAAAUCAGGAAUCGAGAUGUCAGAAGUCAAUGCUCUUUAAAAACUAAGAUUGUUUCCUUUGAUGAAAACUGUAUUAUGUUCAAAUCCUUAAUAUUAGUCAUCCUAAGCAUAGUGUUUAGGUGUCUUUUAGGAGGGGAUGUGCUUCUCCAGCCACCGUCUUCUGUUCCUUUCCAAGCAUGAUGAGAUUCUAAUCACUAGAAACCACAUGAUUCUGAACAUACUAGGUAAACAAUAAUGUGUUACUUUAAAUCAUUGCAUUCAGUUUUUAAUGUCGAGAAUAAUGGACAGUUUUUGUCAGACUACUAAAAAUGCUCUUUCAUUUUGCUACUUCCUAGAAAGAGGUUAGAUUCUAAAAUGAUUUCAGAGACUCUGGGAUAAGUGUGUAUUUAUUUUAAGAGAUGGCGUUAUAACAUCAUAAUCUGACAAUGAUAAGACCCUAUUGUUUUGAGCCUUAAGAUCUAGUGCCCCAGUUGUAAUUUUAAGCUUUUCUCUAAAAUCUGUUUUUGAGGGAUUCAGUUGGCUUCAUUCUCAGGCAAAAUGAUGGCCACCAGGAGCUCCAGACUGAUGUUCUGCCAGCUUUCUGAUCCCCUGGGAAUGAGAGCUGCUUGUGUAAUAGCUCCGGCUAAGUCCAGGACCUCAUUGUCUUUGGUCUGCCUGGGAUUACACACUUGUGAACCAGGACAGAAAAGUACUACUCUUGAUUACUAGAUGUGUACCUUGUGGACCCGUAGUAGGAGAGCAGGCAGUUCGCCGCAGGAAACUCAGGUGCCAUUAUAAGAAUAGUGGAUGGUGGGCAGCUAAGAACAACAGAUCCCUGCUAGAGUCCACAUUUAACUUAUUAAUAUCAAAAGUCUUUAUGCAUUCUUUAAUUUUACCAUUGAUCUGAGUUGAUGACAUAAGUAACUGAAUGGUUGACUUAGAUUGCAGACUUAAAAGGAUUAAAUAAAUAUUUUGUUAUACCAACAA